AUGUCAGACUCAGAGAGUAAUCACUCGAAUCCAAAGGAUAUCGUAUAUGAAUCCAUCCUAAAUAUCAACACAAAAGAUACUCAAACACCCGUCACCCGCAUCCCUACCAACAAAUCAACACAUUCUCGCCGUGGAAGUAACACCCUCCAUAACACUUUAACACGUCUCUCCACAAAAGAAACUCGAGAUCCAGCACUCGACAUCAAUCUUCCCUAUCGAACACUCAGUCCCAAUGCCAAUCUCUCAGAAUACACUGAAGAGAAACCGGCUGGAGAAAUCCCAGCAGGAAAAGGAGAUGGGAAAAUAGAUUACAAACUCGUCACCUUUUAUCCAAACGAUCCAGAGAACCCGAAAAAUUGGUCAAAGGCUUUUAAAUGGUAUUGUACCAUGGUUGUUGCGCUGACUUGUUUCGUGGUUGCACUUGCUUCGUCAAUUAUUACCGCCGAUCUUAUUGGAGUAGAGAAGCAAUUCAAUGUUUCGGAGGAGGUGGCACUUCUUACUAUUACGGUUUUCGUAGUAGGCUUUGGUAUUGGACCAAUGAUGUUCGCGCCUCUUUCUGAAGUUCUCGGACGUCGCUUGAUUUAUGGAACUACUUUAUUUCUAGCUGUAAUCUUCAUUAUUCCUUGCGCCCUCGCUCAAAACAUCGAGACCCUCAUCAUCUGUCGUGCUCUCGAUGGUAUCUGGUUUUCAGCUCCAAUGACCCUCGUAGGUGGUACCCUUGCCGAUCUUUGGCGCAACGAAGAACGUGGUGUCCCAAUGGCCGCCUUCUCUGCAGCUCCCUUUAUCGGUCCCGCUAUCGGUCCUCUAAUUGGUGGUUUCCUCUCCGAUGCAGCAGGAUGGCGCUGGUUGUAUUACAUCCAAAUCAUCUUAGCAUUCAUCGUCUGGAUCCUCAUAACUUUCACCGUUCCAGAGACAUACGCGCCCACAAUUCUCGCUCGUCGCGCUAAGAAAAUGCGUGAAGAAACAGGCAGCCCAGAACACGUCACAGAACAAGAUCUCGACCUACGACCUUUUGCCGAACGCCUCAGAGUCUUCCUCAUCCGUCCUUUGCAACUCCUCUUCGGUGAACUCAUAGUCUUCCUCAUCUCCCUUUACAUGAGCGUUCUCUAUGGUCUCCUCUACAUGUUCUUCGUCGCCUUCCCCAUCAUCUACCAAGAAGGAAAGGGUUAUUCCGCCGGAACAACAGGUCUCAUGUUCAUCCCGCUCGCACUCGGGGUCAUCGCAUCAGCCCUCUGCGCCCCCAUCGUAAACCGCCACUACAUGAGCCAAGUACACAAAUACAACGGCAAUCCUCCCGCAGAAGUCCGUCUCAUCCCCAUGAUGUGUUCCUGCUGGUUCAUCCCCAUCGGUCUCUUCAUCUUCGCAUGGACAUCCUACCCACAUCUCCACUGGAUCGGCCCCGCCAUCGGUGGAUUCCCCGUAGGCUUCGGAUUUAUCUUCCUCUACAACGCAGCGAAUAAUUACCUCGUCGAUUCAUACCAACAUCAAGCAGCCUCAGCACUUGCGGCCAAAACUUUCCUCAGAUCGUUCUGGGGUGCUGCUGUCGUGCUUUUUACAGAACAAAUGUACGCCCGGCUAGGGUAUCAAUGGGCGAGUUCUGUGUUGGGUUUUAUUGCUCUAAUGUGCUGUGCUAUUCCGUUUGUGUUUUGGACGUGGGGAGCGAGGAUUAGGAGGGGGAGUAAAUUUGCUUUUGCGGGAGAGGAUGAAGAAAGUGUGGGGAUGAAGAAGGGGGUGGAGAGGGAGGCGCUAGGGGAGGAAUUGCAGAGGCAGAUGAGUUAUGUUAGUACGCCUUAG